AUGCCUGCUGAUAUCAGGAGCUUUUUUGGUGGCAAGCCGAGUAGCAGUCAGGGCUCUAGUGCCUCUCUUGCGAAGCCGCCCGCAAAGAAAGAGGUAAGGAAGGCUCCGCUGCCAAAUUUACCUUUCCAGCUUCUGAAAUUCGCGCUGAAGCCCGAUGAACCGCAAGGGGAGGUAACGACCACUUCGGACUACUUCGCCUCCAGCAAGAAGAGAGGAAGACCAGCCAAAACCAGUACUGCGACGCCCAUCAAGGAACCUCAGCCCCCCAAUGACACCAUUUCGGAAGAGGGUAAAGCCAGCAAAUCACCGCGAGCGAAUAAACAGACCGAGAAAAAGGAGGCCCUCAAGCGACCAACGCGCGAAUCUAAGAGGAACGCUACAACUGUCCUAGACGAUGAAAGACUCGGCGGUGAUGACAUAUUUGCAACGGAGUUUGGGAAGCCGGGUAAAGGGGAUGAUGAUUAUGUUGAGGAUGAGCACAGUGAAAAGGAUAGUGAUCUCGAGGAACUUGCAGUGAAGCCGGCCACCGCAGCUUCGAGUAGGCCUGGACGUAAGAAGCCAGCCUCGAAGUUAGCCCCAGAUGACGACGACGUAGUUAUGGAGGAUGCCCCGAAACAACCGAAGAGAGCAACGAAAUCGGCAGCUUCACAGCCUGGAAGGAAACGGAAAUCUGAAGCCCUGGGCAAAGAGGAGGACGACGAACCCCAGGAAGGCCCUAAAAAGGUUACUUCACCUUCGAAAGCGUCGUCAACAGCUCGUGCGCCUAAGAAACCAAAGGGGUCUCCGUCUAAGAAAGACCAGCCCGAAAGCAAGGAAAUACAGAGCAUCUUUGACAGUAUCCCAACUGUCCGACCACCCUCACCCCCACCAGAAUCUGGCGACAAGAAGAAGUUUAACCCGUUCGCCGCACGAGCGCGCUCCCCCGCAGCAGCCGGAACCGCUGAAAUACCGGUCGGGGCUGAAAAUUGCCUUGCAGGGUUGUCUUUCGUUUUCACCGGUGUCCUUGACACUUUAGGUCGUGAGGAAGGACAAAACCUUGUCAAAAAAUAUGGCGGCAAAGUUACUGGAGCUCCGAGUUCAAAGACAAGUUACGUUGUCCUCGGAGGUGAUGCUGGUCCUAAAAAGCUUAAGACAAUCAGGGAUCAUAACCUGAAAACAAUCAAUGAGGAAGGUCUCUUCGAGCUCAUUCGAAGAUUGCCAGCCAACGGCGGUGACGGAAAAGCCGCUGAAAAGUAUGAAGAAAAGAGGAAGGCAGAAGACAAGAAAAUUCGAGCCAUGGCUGCUGAAAUUGAACAGGAAGAGAAGCGCAAGGCGAAGGCUACCAGUACAGCAGCAGCUAAGGCGUCCGCGGGAUCCCAGGCGCCAUCAAGCUCGCAAAGCCCUAGACCUGAGGAUGAACUCUGGACCACAAAAUACGCACCAACGUCGAUGAACAUGAUCUGUGGCAAUAAAACCGCGGUCGAGAAGCUUCAAAGUUGGCUUCGAGAUUGGCACAAGAAUGCUAAGGGGAACUUCUCGAAACCCGGUAAGGAUGGCACUGGAAUUUACCGCGCGGUCAUGAUCCACGGCCCCCCAGGAAUCGGUAAGACAACCGCAGCACAUCUGGUGGCGAAGCUCGAAGGCUACGAUAUCGUCGAAACUAAUGCCAGUGAUACGAGGAGCAAAAAACUUGUUGAAACCGGUCUUUUGGGUGUCUUGGAUACAACGUCCCUGCAAGGUUAUUUUGCCGCUGACGGCCAAAAGGUGCACAGAGAGAAAAAGAAUAUGGUAUUGAUCAUGGACGAGGUAGACGGAAUGUCAGCUGGAGACCGAGGCGGUGUUGGGGCGUUAGCUGCUAUUGCAAAGAAAACUCACAUCCCACUCAUCCUUAUAUGUAACGAACGUAGGCUUCCGAAAAUGAAGCCCUUCGAUCACGUUACGUAUGAGCUACCCUUUAGACGUCCGACUGCUGAACAAAUCAGAGCUAGACUUUCAACGAUCUGUUUCCGAGAGGGUUUGAAGAUUCCGCCCCCUGUUCUCGACAGUCUCAUCGAAGGGACGCAUGCCGACAUUCGUCAAAUUAUUAAUAUGCUGUCGACUGUGAAGCUGGAUCAACAAAACCUGGAUUUUGAGAAGGGGCGGGAGAUGUCCAAGGCCUGGGAAAAGCAUGUUAUCCUGAAGCCCUGGGAUAUUGUAUCCAAAAUCCUCAGCGCUCAGAUGUUCUCUCCAAGUUCCAAAGCGACGUUAAACGACAAGAUCGAACUUUAUUUCAAUGAUCACGAGUUCAGCUACUUGAUGCUUCAAGAGAACUAUCUAAGAACAAGGCCAGCCUUGUCUGGUAAUUAUCAAGGCAAGGAGCAAAAGUUGAAGUUGCUCGAGCUGGCGGAUAACGCAGCGUCGAGCAUCAGUGACGGUGACCUGGUCGACAGAAUGAUCCAUGGAACACAACAGCAAUGGAGUCUGAUGCCAACCCAUGCUGUCUUCAGCUUUGUUCGGCCCGCCAGUUUCGCUUACGGCAAUAUGACCGAGCGAGCUGGCUUCACUAGUUGGCUAGGUCAGAACAGCAAACAAGGGAAGCUUUGGCGUUGUACCAGGGAGAUCCAGGGCCACAUGCGCCUUCGUGCCUCCGGAGACCGUGACGAAAUCAGACAACAAUAUCUACCCCUCAUCUGGGACAAGCUUGUUCGCCGGUUGAUGAAGGAUGGAAAAGAAGGCGUUGAGGACGUCAUUGAUUUCAUGGACAGUUAUUUCCUCACCCGGGACGACUGGGAUGCCCUGGUCGAGCUUGGCCUUGGCCCUAUGGAUCAAUCAAUGGUGAAACUAGAUACACAGACGAAAGCGACAUUCACACGACUCUAUAACCAGCGCUCGCAUCCACUUCCCUUUAUGAAAGCCAGCAGCGUCGCUGCUCCAAAGAAGAUGCCAAAGGAGAAGCCCGAUAUUGAAGAUGCCAUCGACGAGUCGGAUGAUGAAGUGCUUGAGGAUGAUACCAAAGAGGAUGAUGAAAGUGAAGAACUGGACCUGAAGAAGGACAAAUAUGUCCGGGUACCGAAGAAACCGGCGGCGAAAUCCGCGGCGAAGGGCGGCUCAGGCAAAGGGAAGAAGGCUAAGAAAGCCACCGACGAUGAUUUUAUUGAUGACGACGAGAAACCGUUGAAAGGAAGAGGUCGAAAGGCCAAGGCUUAG